AUGAAUCUAAGAUUGGAACUAAAGAAUCUACUUAACCUAUGCUUUACUCUGGCAAGCACUUAUAUGUUUUGGAAGGGAUUGUCAGUGGUAACUAAUUCCCAUUCUCCAAUUGUCGUUGUGUUGUCAGGAUCUAUGGAACCGGCCUUCCAAAGAGGAGACAUUUUAUUUCUAUGGAAUAGAAAUGAUUAUAAUAAGGUUGGAGAUAUUGUUGUAUAUGAAGUAGAGGGCAAGGAUAUCCCAAUUGUCCAUCGGGUUUUACGAGAACACCGGAAUGAAAAGAGUGGCAAACAGUUACUGUUAACUAAGGGAGAUAACAAUUCCGGCGAUGAUAUUCCAUUGUACUCUCAUAGACAGAUAUAUCUGGACAAAAAGAAGGAUAUAGUUGGUACUGUAAAAGGCUACCUACCUAAAUUAGGCUAUGUAACUAUAUUGGUGAGCGAGAACCAGUAUGCGAAGUUCGCUAUGAUCGGUUUACUAGGGCUCAGUUCUCUGUUGAGCAAUGAGUGA